AUGUCAGCUUUCGUAACACAUCUUCCACAGAUGAGAAAAGAAACGGGAGACCUGCAUAGUAUGUCUAAACACACAUCAACAAUACUGGAAAGAGCAUCACCGUGGCCUAAGCUCUUGCAGAAAACGUCAUCAAUGUCUGCAAUUACAUCGUUGGCUGUAUCAACUGCAGCAGAAAAUGGAACCACGUUUUCUAGAUCAUUUCAUGGACUGGGGUUUCCAGGAAAAUCCAAUAUGUUUAUUUCAUCGAUUGAACAUCAACGAUCCUUUUCAUUGAAUACAGAGACAGAAUGUAUAUCUGACGGUCUUACAAAAGAAAUCGAGCCGUUUGAUGAUUUUUCAUUUUUUCCGUCAUCAGAUGCAGAUCUUAUAGAUAUACCGGGACUACAUCAUAGUAGAAAUUCAUCAGAGCCUUUUAAUAACCGCAGGAAUCACCAUAAAAUCAAUGGACAUAGUGAGCCUUUAUCACCAAAGGGGAUCAUGUAUGAUUGUUGUCCUAUUAUUCCUGAAUCUAUUAAAAGUGGAGCACCUGAAGCUACAGAGCCGAUAUAUACAGAUUCUUCAGAUGCUUUAAACCAUGCCUGUGCAGAGCUUGGAUCAGGGCUGAAAUCAAAGAUUUUCAGGAACCGUUCAUUAAGCAUGGGGAUCCAGCAAUUUAUUAACCGAGAAGGCAUUAUUAAAUUGAAGGAGCGGUAUAUUUAUCGAAACACACAUCACGGGUUUCGGAAAAAAGAUAUUGGCUCUGGAGCGACAGCUACGGUUCAAGUUGUUAGCCUUAAACCUGGAUGUCAUUCAAGCAUUGAAAGCACUGGUGGAGAUUCUGGUCUUUUUGCAGUGAAAACUUUCAGGAAGAAAAGCAGGUCUGAAAGAAAAGAAGAUUAUCUCAAAAAACUUGCCAGCGAAUGGACAAUUCAACGGCGAGUUGACCAUCCGAACGUUGUGCGUGCCGUCGAUAUUUGUUUAGAUGAUCAUGCUCUCAGUGCAGACUCAUGGUGUGAAAUAAUGGAAUUUUGUGCCGCGGGCGACCUUCAUUCUCUUAUUAAAUCCAUGGUCGACUGGACUGCAGAGCCAGAGCCGAAAGAAAUGGCACCAAACCUUAGAAACUGUCUUUUUAAACAGCUACUUCGGGGGAUUUAUUAUUUGCAUUCUGAGGGGAUUGCGCAUAGAGAUAUUAAACCUGAAAACUUACUUCUUAAUUACAACGGUAUUCUUAAAAUUACAGAUUUUGGUACAAGUGACGUAUUAUUUAAUAAAGACUCCCCAGAGGGGGAAAAAAAAGCCAAAAAAUGCCGUGGGAUAUGUGGAAGUGGCGCAUAUAUUGCUCCCGAAGUAUUUACACAAAAAGAAUAUGAUGGCUUUAAGGUAGAUAUUUGGUCUUGUGCAAUUGUUUAUUUUUGUCUCACCUGGGGUGGGACACUUUUUGUUAAAGCAAUGCCUGGUGAUAAGCAUUAUGACAAUUAUUUAGAUGCUUUUAAAAAGUUUCGAGCAAAAUUUAUCGAUUCCUUAGAUUCAUUAUCAUCGAAUUUUGCAUCACAUCAAACUAGUGUUGAUUCUUCAGCCUUGCCUUUGUCAACAUCAGUACCCUCUAUUUCAAGUUUUACAGAUAUGUCUCCACUGUAUUCUCCUGUCUGUACUACGAACGGAGUCAAGGAUGAAAAACUUCCCGCAUAUGCUCCUUUUAAGCAUUGGAAAGCCAGUACUCAGCAUACUAUUUAUAGAAUGCUUAAUCCUAAUCCUAACGAGCGGUUAUCGGCAGAAGAAGUACUAAAUUCUAAAUUUGUUCAACGGAUAGAAUGUUGUGCUUUAGACAAAGGACAGGAAACAGAUUCUCAUGGGAAAGUGGACGUUUCUAAUAAAGACUGUUUUAAGCAAAUGGAGGCAAGAGUGAAACAUGAACAUAUUCCCUUGGAUUUAUUAAGAAAACUUAAAAAAUCACCAUGUUAA